GGUAUGUGUCACUAUGGUGACGGCGGACGGGACAGCGCGCCCCAACGGUCACAUGACUGCAGUCAUCUGACCGCCUGACGCACGUGUGUGAGGUUACGCGAGCGGUAAACAUUGCAGUCUAUCGCCACAGAAUAAAGUAGAGGGUAUAAUACACAAAUAAGGAACGAUUACAAAGAGGUGCCAUUUGGACCCGUGCAGAUGGCCUCUUCCACUUCCUCCACCCCGUCUGUCCUCCUGAACACGGGGGCUCAGAUGCCCCUCCUGGGUCUGGGGACCUAUCGGCUGACAGGAGCUGAGGAUGUCUGCUGUGCUGUGGACGCGGCGCUGGCUGCUGGUUACCGGGCCUUUGACACGGCUGCUGUCUACCGCAAUGAAGCCGACUUGGGCCAAGCCUUGAAGAAACUGCUGCCCAAAUACAGACUGAGCAGGGAGGAUGUUUUCAUAACCAGUAAACUGGGUCCCAAGGAUCAGGGUGUGAGGGCCACUGAGGGAGCCUUGCACAGCCUGUCUCAGCUGGACCUGGGUUACAUCGACCUCUACCUGAUCCACUGGCCCGGCACACAGGGACUGGCAGUGACUGACAAACACAACCCAGUCAACAGAGCUCAGAGUUGGACUGCUUUGGAGGAGCUGCAUGCACAGGGGAAACUCAAGGCCAUAGGAGUGUCAAACUACACACCAGCGCAUAUGAGAGAGCUGAUCCAGAGCUGCAAGGUCCGUCCUGCAGUGCUGCAGUCUGAGUUCCACCCACGGCUGUGCCAGGCAGAGUUGAGGAAUGUGUGUAAGGAGCACGGUGUGUGUUUCCAAGCCUACUCCUCGUUGGGGAAAGGAAUACUGCUCACAGAUCCCGUGGUCAUGAGGGAGGCAAAUUACUGUGGACGCACACCUGCACAGGUGCUGUUGCGGUGGGCGGUGCAGCAGGGCGUCCCGGUGCUGCCUAAGUCAUCCCAGCCAGACAGAGUGGAGGAGAACGGCCGGCUGUUUGACUUCAGGCUGAGUGACAGCGUCAUGGACACACUGUCAGCUCUGGACUGUCGACAGCACUACUGCUGGGAUCCCUCAGAGGUGGCCUGAUCCUCACACGCCGCUGCUCCUAGCAGCUUGCCAAGCACGCUGUCCUCUGUCGUGUCUUUUUAGCGACACCAUCUCUCUAUUUUGGCAGUAAUGCAGCGAUGGGAAACCAGCUGACACCAUUAAGCUUCUCCAGGGUCCCGGCAGGUUUCACAUAAUGAAAGCACUGAGUUAAUGUUUCAAGUGUUGAGGUAAAUGCAGUGUGUGUUUAAGCGACAUGAUGCCUUGUUUUUUGUGGUAAUGCUGGGAGCAAUUUGAAGCAACACAUAUGGGUUUGUUGCCUCAUGGCCUGUUGUAUUUCUUCCAAUAAUUUUAAUAAUGCUUCCAUUUUCAAACUAUUUCCUCACUUACCUCAUAUUGUUAAAGUAUAGUUUUGACUUAAUGUUGUAGUUUGUUCAUUGCAGUUGCUUAUGAAUUACAUGAACUAACCAUAAACUCUGACAAGAUUUCAAAGCAUCCUCUGUACUGGUGUAAUAAAAUAACAACACAAUACACUCGUAUUAAAACCACUCAUAAAAUUCUUUAUUGUUUAGUACAGCAUAUACCAGCAGUGUCACAGCAGUAGAGAAAAUACAUUUACAAAAGUCAUAAAAAAAAUGAAAAGGACUCCAAAAAAAAGAGGAAAUAUUCAAAGUUUGAGUUUCUCCACACACAUCUUUAGAUUCAAGUAAUACCGAGGAUGGUUGCAAAACUACAGGUGCCCAGGCAGGUUGUGUUAACUGUCACAAAUGUUUAACGUUGAAAAACACCAUUAAUGGAGACAGGACUUUGAAUAGAGCCAUAUUAGGUUGUUCAAAUCGUUAUAUCUGCUUAAAAUUAUAGUUGGCCCAACUGAUGAAUCGGUGUAAGCCCUUUUAAGAUUUUCCUCACAGUUGUGACAGCAAACCCACUUCCAUGUUGUGCUAUUUCUUGAGUAUAAUCUGUGACAGUGAGCCGUCAGGUUUAAGGCGGUGAUUGGGAAAACAGGUACAUAGACAAGGCUGGCUGUGCAGUUUCACAUCACAAGUUACAGCAUGUUCAUAUGUUCAUCAAGGCAGUUCACCAGUUAACCCUUUAAAUUCCAACUAAACUGUAUUAUCGAGACAAAAGCGCCUGUUUAUCUCUCUCUUAGCUCAAUGUCAAACACGUAUUCUCUGUUAACCGAUUUUACUAUUUGUGCCAAAGUCUGUCUACAAGGAGUGACAUAUUGUAGACAUGAAAUACAAUUACAUCAUUCUUAAAAACUGGGUUGCCUUGUACCCAUUAUGUUUCCCUGUUAACUUUCAUGAGUUAUCUGAUGUCAUUAGAAAACGUUGGGAUCAAUUCUUUCAUAUAAAACUGAGUUGUGAGAGAAAGAGUUAACUGUAUUAAAUGUGCUGGAGGCAUUACAAUGUUGGAUGGAAUUUAAAGGGUUACCAUAUAUUUCAAUCAAUUCAUUUGUGUCUUACACAAAGUCAGAUAAUGAUGCAUAUGCUAUCACAAAAAGGUAGAUUUGACUGAUUGCCAUUCAGAAUGUCUAAAAUUCUUUCCUCAUAACUUGUCCUUUGCUUGGUAAAUGUGAAUAAAUUGGCUUGAGGAAAAGCUAUGAGAAAAGCUG